GUUAUUUACUUACCCAUCUUCCUCAGCUUCUGCAUUCUUCAUCAUCUUCUUCGCUCGUGAUUCUUAUCUCACACUGAACUCUCUUGCUAAUCGAAUUUCUCACUCUGCAAAAACCUUCAACGAUGGCCGCUGAAACGAUUCCGUACCAGAAUGGCGUCGUUGCCAACUCCAACGACUCCUCCGCCGCGGUCAAGAAAUCGAGGGAGAGCGACCGCCGCCGCCGCCGCCGGAAGCAGAAGAAGAGCAACAAGGCAUCUGAGGCUCCGGUUCCUAACUCCGCUGAAGAGAGUGACGAUGCGAAAGAGAACGACGAUUCAAAACAGCUUGUUGAACAAAUUGAAAUUGAGUAUGUACCAGAGAAGGCAGAGUUAGUUGAAGGCAUGGAUGAAGAAUUUAGAAAAAUUUUCGAGAAGUUUACUUUCACUGAUGCCACUGCUUUGGAGGAUACUGACAAGAAGGAUGGUUCAGAAGAAAAUGCAGCUACUAAUAAGAAGGCUGAUUCUGAUUCUGAAGAGGAAGAAAACGAUAAUGAGCAAAAAGAGAAAGGCAUCUCAAACAAGAAGAAAAAGCUUCAACGGAGGAUGAAAAUUGCUCAACUGAAACAAAUUUGCUCAAGGCCAGAUGUUGUUGAGGUGUGGGAUGCUACUGCAUCAGACCCAAAGUUGCUGGUGUUCUUAAAGUCUUAUAGGAAUACUGUACCUGUACCUAGGCAUUGGUGCCAGAAGAGAAAAUUUUUACAGGGUAAACGAGGUAUAGAGAAACCAGCCUUUCAGCUUCCUGAUUUCAUUGCUGCCACUGGAAUUGAGAAAAUCAGACAGGCUUAUAUUGAGAAAGAGGAUAGUAAGAAGCUGAAACAAAAGCAAAGGGAGCGCAUGCAACCAAAAAUGGGGAAAAUGGAUAUAGAUUAUCAGGUUCUUCAUGAUGCAUUCUUUAAAUACCAAACAAAGCCUAAAUUGACCUCUCUUGGAGACCUGUAUCAUGAAGGAAAAGAGUUUGAGGUGAAGUUGAGGGAGAUGAAACCUGGCAUGCUAUCACAGGAAUUGAAAGAAGCUCUUGGUAUGCCUGAAGGUGCUCCUCCUCCUUGGCUUAUUAAUAUGCAGAGAUAUGGUCCUCCACCAUCAUAUCCUCAUCUGAAGAUCCCUGGACUGAAUGCUCCAAUCCCCCCUGGAGCUAGCUUUGGUUAUCAUCCUGGUGGAUGGGGGAAGCCUCCUGUUGAUGAAUAUGGGCGUCCACUGUAUGGAGAUGUUUUUGGUGUUCAACAACAAGAUCAGCCCAACUAUGAGGAAGAGCCAGUUGAUAAGACCAAACAUUGGGGAGACUUGGAGGAGGAAGAGGAAGAGGAAGAGGAGGAGGAGGAGGAGGAGGAGGAGGAAGAAAUGGAGGAAGAGGAACUUGAAGCUGGUAUUCAGUCUGUUGAUAGUCUGUCAAGCACUCCCACUGGAGUGGAAACACCUGAUGUUAUCGACCUCCGGAAGCAACAGAGGAAGGAGCCUGAGAGGCCUCUUUAUCAAGUACUUGAAGAGAAGGAAGAAAAAAUUGCCCCUGGAACUUUGCUUGGAACCACACACACUUAUGUGGUUGGCACUGGCACACAGGACAAAUCAGGUGCUAAAAGGGUUGAUUUGCUUAGAGGUCAGAAGACAGAUAAAGUGGAUGUCACUUUACAGCCUGAAGAGUUGGAAGCCAUGGAAAAUGUUUUGCCUGCCAAGUACGAAGAAGCAAGGGAAGAAGAGAAGUUACGUAGCCAGCGAGAAGAUUUCAGUGACAUGGUUGCAGAGAACGAGAAGAAGAGGAAAAGAAAGAUGCAAGAAAAAGAGGGCAAGUCAAAGAAGAGAGACUUCAAGUUUUAGGCUGCGCCUAGUUCGUUUCUUUUGCUGGAAGAUGGGCGGCUGCUACCCUUUUUCUACUGGGGAAGUUCUCACAUUCAUGGGGCAUGAGUUGAGAAUUUGUUGCUAGCAUUUAACGCAACUGUAUUAUUGCCCGAAAGUUGAGAAUUUGUUGUUAGCAGGGGUCUAUAGACAUUAUAAUACAAUGAAGACUCCAUGCAGAGCACGCGGUGGUCAAUCUUUAGUUGAAAAUUCAAUACGAUGAAUCCUACUGAGGCUUCACAGAUAAUGGCCGACGUGAAUGUAUGUUAGAGCAAUCAAUCAUUCUUACUGCUGUUAUUUAUAUAUGUAGUUUUCCUUUCUUUUUCUUUAAAUGACAUUUUAUGGUAAUAUUUUCUGUUUUCAUUUGGAAGAUAAAAACUUUUGGAUCAAGACUGGUAUUUUUUUGUUGUUGCUGGUAACGUGCAAAAAUUUGAUUAAA